CGCGCUUGGCUGGGAGACACUGCGCCCUCCAGCCUGCCGGGUGUCCGCAUAGCAACCGCGAGCGAAAGGGCUCCGGCUCUGCAGCCAUCGAUCCGCUGCCCGGUCUCCCCCCGCCCCGCGUGUGUUUGUUGUUUGAUUUCCCGCGUCCCUCGCCGGGCCAUGGACGGGAGACGCCGGGCCGGGCGCCGGGUGGCUCUGGCUCUCUUCUGCGCCUGGUGCGCGGCCGCCAGCCUGGCCGGCGCGGAGAAGCAGUUCGUCAAUGAAUGGGCGGCGGAGAUCCCGGGCGGUCCGGCGGCAGCCCAGGCCAUAGCGGAGGAGCUGGAGUACGAGCUGCUGGGCCAGAUUGGAUCACUCGAAAAUCAUUAUCUAUUCAGACAUAGAAACCAUCCAAGAAGGUCUCGAAGAAGUGCCAUUCAUAUCACUAAGAGACUCUCCGAUGAUCAUCGUGUGUCAUGGGCAGAGCAACAGUAUGAAAAAAAGCGAACUAAGCGUUCAGCCUUGAGAGACUCAGCAGAAGACCUUUUCAACGAUCCUAUGUGGAAUCAGCAGUGGUACCUGCAAGAUACAAGGGUAAUUCCAUCUCUGCCAAAACUGGAUCUCCAUGUUAUUCCUGUAUGGCAAAAAGGGAUUACAGGCAAAGGUGUUGUUAUAACAGUGCUCGAUGAUGGCUUGGAGUGGAAUCACACUGACAUAUAUACUAACUAUGAUCCAGAGGCAAGUUAUGAUUUCAAUGACAAUGAUCACGAUCCCUUUCCCAGAUAUGAUCCAACAAAUGAAAACAAACAUGGAACACGAUGUGCAGGAGAAAUUGCCAUGCAGGCUAAUAACAAGAAAUGUGGUGUUGGCGUGGCAUACAAUUCCAGAGUUGGAGGUAUAAGAAUGCUGGAUGGAAUAGUCACUGAUGCCAUUGAAGCCAGUUCAAUUGGUUUCAAUCCAGAACAUGUGGAUAUUUACAGUGCAAGCUGGGGCCCUAAUGAUGAUGGUAAAACUGUAGAGGGACCUGGCAGGCUAGCACAGAAGGCUUUUGAAUAUGGGAUCAAACAGGGCCGAAAUGGAAAAGGUUCCAUUUUUGUAUGGGCUUCUGGGAAUGGUGGUCGUCAGGGUGAUAACUGUGACUGUGAUGGUUACACAGAUAGUAUCUACACUAUAUCCAUAAGCAGUGCUUCUCAACAAGGUCUUUCUCCCUGGUAUGCAGAGAAGUGUUCCUCGACACUGGCCACAGCAUACAGCAGUGGGGAUUAUACUGACCAGAGAAUUACAAGUGCUGAUCUUCACAACGAAUGUACCGAGACUCACACUGGGACCUCUGCAUCUGCUCCAUUGGCAGCAGGGAUUUUUGCUCUAGCUCUUGAAGCAAACCCUAAUCUAACCUGGAGGGAUAUGCAGCAUUUGGUAGUCUGGACUUCAGAAUAUGAUCCACUGGCCAACAAUCCUGGAUGGAAGAAGAAUGGAGCAGGGUUGAUGGUGAAUAGCAGAUUUGGAUUUGGAUUACUUAAUGCCAAGGCACUGGUGGAUUUAGCUGAUCCUAAAACCUGGAAAGGAGUACCUGAAAAGAAAGAGUGUAUAGUCAAGGACAACAGCUUUGAACCUAGGUUAUUAAGAGCAAAUGGAGAAGUAACUAUUGAAAUUCCCACAAAAGCUUGUGAAGGGCAAGAAAAUUCUGUUACAUCUCUGGAGCAUGUGCAGUUUGAAGCAACAAUUGAAUAUUCCCGCAGAGGUGAUCUUCACGUCACCCUCACUUCCCCAUCAGGCACCAACACUGUCUUACUGGCUGAAAGAGAGAGAGAUAAGUCUCCCAAUGGCUUUAAAAACUGGGACUUCAUGUCUGUUCAUACAUGGGGAGAGAAUCCAAAAGGCACUUGGACUUUGAGAAUUACUGAUGUGUCUAGGAGAAUGCAGAAUGAAGGAAGAAUUGUGAACUGGAAAUUGAUUUUGCAUGGCACUUCUACCCAACCUGAACACAUAAAGCAGCCUCGUGUAUACACAUCCUACAAUGCUGUGCAAAAUGACAGAAGAGGAGUGGAGAAGAUGGCAGACUUUGUAGAGGAUCAUACCACGCAAGAGAACCUGAGUGCAAAACCCAAGGUCACCGAAGGUACCAGCAGUAGCACUGAUAAAAUGGGAGACAAAAUCCCAUCAGAGGCAAUGCUUCGUCUAUUGCAAAGUGCUUUUAGCCGGCACAUGGCCCAGAAUCGAGCACCAAAGAAGACUCCAAAUGAAAAGUUAAAUAUUCCAUACGAACACUUCUAUCAAGCCCUUGAAAAAUUAAACAAACCCUCUCAGUUAAAAGACUCUGAGGACACUCUGUACAGUGACUAUGUUGACCUUUUUUACAAUGCCAAACCAUACAAACAUAGAGAUGAUAGACUGUUGCAAGCCUUGGUUGAUAUUCUGAAUGAAGACAACUAAAAUAUAGGGUAUGGCACUGAGUUGGAAAUAUUCAUGCUCCCCACACCCCACUGCCCUUUUCUGAAGUAUAUUCUACACUUUACUCAUGUGAUUACUACUUUGAUUGCUUCAUACUUAACCAGGAUGUCAAGCGGUGGGAAACAGAUAGGAAGUGUAAUUUGUUAGUGGCGAGGCACUAAGCUGAAGGGUAUCAGUGAUCGCUCUGUUCCAGGGCUUCUCAAACUUCAUUGCCCCACAACCCCCUUUUGACAACAAAAAUUACUACAUGACCCCAGGACGGGGGACCAAAGCCUGAGCCCAUCCGAGCCCCGCUGCCCCAAGUGGGUGGGGGGUGGGGAAAGCCAAAGCCCGAGCCCCACUGCCCCAGGUGGGGGGCAGGGGCAAAGGCCAAGGACUUCAUCCCCAGGCAGGAAGCCUAUAACCUAAACCCCACCACCCAUGGCUGAAGCCCUUAGGCUUCGACUUCAGCCUCAAGGCCCAGCAAAUCUAACACCAGCCCUGGUGACCCCAUGAAAAUGGGGUCCCAACCCACAGUUUGAGAACCACUGCUCUAUUCAAAUCUUGUCUUCAUUAUCACCAAAAGAGGUAGUUUCUUCCCUCUGGCAUGAAAUGCAACUAUAUUCCUCUGAAAAUACUACAGCUCCACUUCAAACUCUUUUUCCUUUCCCUAUUGUUUUCCACUUGAUUCCUUUAGCAGGCAGUGCUUUUGAACAGAACUGCCAGUGUUUUGCGAGCUGCCAAAGAAUGGGGAAAUACCAUCUUCUCUGUAGUGAGCAUAUCAGUCCUUCUCACACCUGGUAUUCUCACAAGACUUAAUGCUGGCUGCAAAUUCUGUCUCCGUGCAAAUUCUAGAGCAGAGAGGAAGCUUGCAAUGGGUUUGAGCUUUGCAGACAGUUAUAAAUCAAGAGAAUUCAGAUUAACUAUUCUUUAUGAUCCAUGGUUGGAAGAAAGUAUUGGACUUGAUUCUGAUCACACACCAGGGAGUUACUCCUGAUUUACACUAAUCCAGAGUCACACUGGUGUAAAAGAGCUCAGAAUCAGUAACUACAGUGUUGGAAAUAUUGCACAAAAGCCUGUGACCGGCUUGUCUUCUCCCUAAUCUCACUGUGGCCUAGGGAGAGGACCUCUAUCCACAGAGAACACAGCAAGACUGGAUGUGGACAUGCCAAUGGCUGACUGCAGCAUUUCUUAAAUCUUUCAGAGGGGGGAGGGGUAAAUGGAGAGAGAGAAAAAAACAAAAUAGGAAGAAAUUGUAUGGGCCUGAAAAAGGAGGGAAAGAAUAGAGAAGAGGGGGAAAAAAGGAUGAAAUGGAAUGUGAGUAAAGAGGAGGCAGCAGUCAAAGACAAGGAAGAGAAAAAUGAAAGGUCAGAGUCAGAAAAGAAAAGAAAAGAAAAGAGAGGAGAGAGAGGGAGAUGGAAGGAAGUCCCUCAGCAUGGUCCCAGCAACUCUUGUCAAGUAAAGUGCUGCAUCCAGAAGAUCUGAUUCAAACUGGUGGGACUGGCUGAGUGGAGGGGUCAGAUCACCUUAUCUAAUGUAGGAAGACAAAUUCUGGGACAAAAUGGCUGAGGGAUGGUGGGUGUCAGAGUAGCAAUGUUUCAUACAUUUAUUUUAAUUGAAAUCAAGAUUGGUCCAGGGGUGCUGGAACUAGGAGUGCUAGGGGUGUGGUAGCACCCCUAGCUUGAAGCGGCUUCCAUCAUAUACAGAGUUUACCGUUUUGUUCAAAGGCUUGCAGCACCUCCACUAUACAAAUUGUUCCAGUGCCCUGGAUGGGUAUAUGUUUUGUUGCUCAGAGUCAAAAAAUAGCGUAGAGCUGAAUACCCAGUUAAAAAAUUGAGGGAACCCUGGGCAGGGUAAUACAAAGACUGUAAGUGAAAUGGAAAAUGCAAUGUGUCUCUACAAUGCCAAAUAUACCUGAAUAGAUAUUGACUAGAUUUUACAUCUUAUCUAUCUAUCUAUCUAUCUAUCUAUCUAUUCCAAACAGCUUUUAAAAAAAUUGGCACUGUUUCAGUAUCUCCAUUUCAUAAAUGAUGCUGGUAUCUCUCAAACUAGGAGCUUAACAUUUUGCUAAUACUUCAUCAGAUUGGACACAGACUUUCAAAGCUGUUGUGAAAUUCUGUUGUUUAAAACAAAACCUGGUUACUCUCAUAGUAACGACUGUUAAAUUAACCAAUAAAAAAUAGCAGGAUUUCUUUUAUAACAACUUCGAAAAUCUUUGAUUUCUCAUUCAUUCCAACAGUAGCAUACAGUUCUAGGGCCUAAUUCUGCAUGAAGCCAGCUUUACACUAAUGCAACUCAAUUGAUGUAAGGAAUUUCUCCUGAUUUACACCAGCAUGAGUGAGAGGAGAAUCAUAUUCUACCCACUUUUCAAGGUUGUAACUUCCUGUUUGAUCUGUCUCUUGUUACUAAAUCUCCUCUUCUCUCUGUGCUAAUUUGCAACAUUUUCUUUAGCAUGGAAAGCGGUCAAAAUGUUGAAAUGGUCCAAAACAAAAAGCAUUCUCAUGAUGUUCCUUAAUUCUACUAGCAUUUAGAGAGACAGGCAGUUCAGAGACAACUUACCUUGACUAAUUUGAGAGGUAGUACUGGGCAGCGGGAAGUGCAGGAUAAUUUCCACCCACGUUUUAAUUUUCAGAACUGGGAGCUACCCUGUCAAGAACACAACACUGCUAAGAUGUGUGUACAGCUGAAUGAAUAACUGAUUUUCUGGUGCAUUGGCAAUUCCAAAAAUGUUUUAAUUUUAUUUUCCGGAUGGCCUCAAACCAAAAUCUUUCAGAAUUUUCAUUAAAUCCAAAAGUAGAAAAAAUUGUUUUGGGUCAGACAUUUUGUUUGACUGGAAAGGAAAUGCUUCAUUUCAAUUUCAAGUAUUUUUGUUUUUUUUUUAAAUAAAAGUGAAGGAAGUUUCAAAUAAAAAAUAACAUAACAUAAGAACGGCCAUACUGGGUCAGACCAAAGGUCCAUCCAGCCCAGUAUCCUGUCUACCGACAGUGAUCAAUGCCAGGUGCCCCAGAGGGAGUGAACCUAACAGGCAAUGAUCAAGUGAUCUCUCUCCUGCCAUUCAUCUCCACCUUUUGACAAACGGAGGCUAGGGACACCAUUCCUUACCCAUCCUGGCCAAUUGCCAGUAAUGGACUUAACCUCCAUGAAUUUAUCUAGUUCUCUUUUAAACCCUGUUAUAGUCCUAGCCUUCACAACCUCCUCAGGCAAGGAGUUCCAAAGGUUGACUGUGCGAUGUGUGAAGAAGAACUUCCUUUUAUUUGUUUUAAACCUGCUGCCCAUUAAUUUCAUUUGGUGGCCUCUAGUUCUUAUAUUAUGGGAACAAGUAAAUAACUAAAAAGGCGCUUCAAAUCAAAAAUCAAAAUGUUUCAUUUAAAAAAUGUUUAAAGAAAAUAUUUUAACAUUUUCAGAAAUUUUAUUUUUUUAUAUAUGAACAGUUAAGAUAAAACACACACAAAUUUGCUAAAUGUUUUGGUGUCACCAAAUCUGCAUUUUUGCCAGACAAAAUUUCACCUAGCUCUUGUUGUAUCAAUCCAGCUCUAUUGUUGUGUCAAGAUUCUUAGAGGCUGCUUUCUUCAAUGAACAGCAGUAACAGCUAGUCCUCGCUGUAGGUGAAAAUGAUUACUGCUCACCUUUGGUAGCAGCAGCAGCAACAAUGGCCAGUCUGUGAAUGCAGUGCUCAUGUUAACCAUGUGGAAUAUACAUGACUCUUCCUUUGCUUUAAGCCCAGUCCCCAUGCUGUAGCCAAAGUUUCAUCAGAGACCAGCUUUAAAACUAACCUGCUGAAAAUCUGUCUCUUGAAUCUUUCCAACCCAGAGUAUAUUGUACAGACGUAAAUUAUUUUUAUUGUUAGUCUUUUCUUGGUGCCUGUGUGAGUUUUGUGAAAAUGUAAAAGGAAAAAAAAAGACUAAAAUGUUUUCUCUCAGAAUUUUAAAUUAUAUUUUCUUUACAGGUAUUUAUAAUAUAUCAAAGCUUUUAUCAAACAGACAGAAUUUUAAAAGGCAUAAUAAAAUAUAUUAAAGCACCAGAUUUUUCUUAAGAAAGAGACAAUUUCAUCCAAUAAAGUAUUUUUAAAAGGCAUGUUCAACUACAGCUGCAACAUGUAUGUGAUGUGAUGUUAAAAUUACAUUUGUCUAAUAAUAGCAUAAUACAGUAUGUUAGCAGAGCCCAGAGUGUGUGGUCUUAACAUUUUUAAAGAAAAGACAAAGGCAGGUUAUGGAUUCAUUUAGCUGGGAAAUAUGAAAUGUAAUUAGAUUUACAAAGGAUGAGUGGCCUCAUCCCUGAGACAGGGGUGGAGGGGGAGAGAAGAUGAUGUAUAUUUUGUUGUAUACAGAGAAUUUACAAAGGAUUUCUCUGGCAAUGCAGAAGAUGAUAUUGUGGGGCUGAUCUUUCACCAUUCAAGUCAAUGGGAGUUUUGCCAUUGACUUCAGUGACAGCAGAAUCAGUCUCUGUGGGUCUGAAAUAUAAAAGUACUCAGUCUGCCUGCGAUCACUAACAGAAGCACGUGUCUCACAUGUACCAGCUUUAUAAUGAAGUGACACACGAGCAUAGAGAUCUUGAUUUUUCCACUGCCUUGCAUCAGAAUAGCAACAUUUAACAUCUGUUUUGCAAAGGUGGUAAAUAACAACCCAAGGUACCAGUCAAGGGAGCAUCAGGCCCUUAUGCAGUCUCACGGUAAAUUGUCCAUGGAGAAUUUCCUUUGAAAAGGGGAACUCUUGGCUGGUGUAAGUCUGAUGGAGAUGUAGGGUCAUGGCCAGGAAGGGCAGGGCAGGGGAGCCAGGGGCUGGACAGGGACCUGGUGGAGGGCAAUUCUGCUAUAUCAAUCUUCCAUUGAUAUACGGCUCAUUAGGGACCAUAUACUAGUUAUUCAAUUUAGCGCACACCCCAUGCUGUUCUGAUGUUAGCACCAAACCAGCUCAGGGUCAGGAAGAUGUAACUGACUCCAUAAUGUUCCCCUCAUCCAGUCACUACUGCAUCAGUAGUUCUCGUGCACAGGGGAAAAUGAAGCCUUUAAAUCUUAGCUUUCUAAAUUUAAGCUAGGUGAAAAGGGUUAAAGUUCUACUAUUUGUCACCUUAUAUACAGAUGGUAGGCUUACAGAAAGGAUAUUUGAGUGUUCAUUUCUGUGUGACUAGGAAUAGAAGGAGGCAGCUGGUGAAUCAUUACAACUCAGAUUUCUGUUGGAACAGCAAACUAAAAUCUCCCAGUGCCAAUUUUCAAACAUUACAGACUUUAGGAAGCAAUAGGCUCCUAACCAGUAGGCUCCUAAAGUCUGCAGUGCUCAGCUUUGAAAAUAAAUUUGAAUGAAAAAAUUGUAGGAAAACCUUUUCCAAUAAUUUCAGAAGCAUUAUUAUGAUUGGGGGAGACUAAAUCAACUAUGUCCUUACCUUACCUUACCUACAACAUACUUGCAUAGCUAAAACCUUGCUAUACAAAUAAAUGUGUCCUUUUAUAAUGCCCAUUUUAUCCCAAGACCUGUGGAUAUACCCAGCCUCACAAAAUGAGAACUCACCAGCUACUCAUUCAAAUAAAUGGCAUUCUAGAGAGCUCCAACCAUGGAAAAUAUAUAUUUUCCCUUGAAUCAACUCCUCAACCAUUAACGGUUCAGUUCACAGAUUGAAAAGACUCAAGUUUCCAUCCCAUUAGGCAUAAAUAUAAAUUAUUUAAGCAAACGCUUUGUGAGCCUAAUGACAGGCACCCAUUAAAAUAUCGUUUUUUGUAUUGUCACAAUUUAUGAGAAAAUGUGAAGCAAUAAAGGAUGGAAGUUUUGCUUCAAACACAACAAAUACCUAAUGUAAAAAUUUAAGCCAAGUACUGUCAAGUCCCAUUAAUAUAACAGAGAAAAAUAGAAAGAUGGUGUACAAAGGAAUAAAUAGUUAUCAGGAAAAUAGCUCUUAAUGGUUAUACUAUUUCAGCUAUUUAGAUCUCUAUGAUCGCAUGUAGCUGAGAGUAAAUCUUUUUCCUGUUGUGACAUUCUUCACCAAGAAUAAAUGGAUUUGCUGUUA